UGCUCUCUCGAUCGAGCUGGUCAGUCGUUAACUGUCGCUAGAUCCUACUUCGGCUGCUCGAUUUUCUGAAAAUUAAUACAAGUGACUAUUAUUAUUUUUGUGGAUAUUGUUCAGUGGGUUAUUUCGCACCAUGAUCACUGGAUUAUUUUUUAUGAGGGAACUAAAUCUACGGACACACCGACGAAUAAAGAGCCUGUAGCUGUGUGACGAGUGACUACACGGAAGUCGGUCAUUUCGAGAGCCGCAGUCGGAAUUGAGGGUGAAGAGAGUUGUUAGACUACGGCAGUGCGUUGAGUUCGCUUUUAAACACUUUGCUCACAAAUAUAAUUUAGUAUCGCACGUACUUUGGAUAUGUUUGAUUUUAAUCUACGUCUGAAUCCUGAAAGUGUGCCCAAUAUAAAUAUAAAUAAAGUAUAAAUCACAUCGGAUUUACUUUUAACCACGUGUGCAUUUACAGUACAUUGUAUUGCGAAUUAGAAGGAGUACUACGCUUCUAUCGGCACUGCUCGAUAGAUAAUUCAACAAAAGUGUACUGAGUUAUAAUUAAAUUAUACGGAGAUAUAAAACAAUAUCUUUAUCUUUAUCUUGGUGCUUUAAACUUAGCCACGUGUUUAGCCGCACCAGAGAUUUGUUUGUUAUUUUUUUAUUGCUUUUAAUUCCUCGAUAAAUCAUCAGUGCAUCAGUGCAGUGACACGUGUUCGUCAUGUCAGGUGAAGGAACUUCCGAUGAAGAAGGCUCCCAGGAGGAUUCCGCGAGAUACGACAUCGACGACAUGGAAAUUAUCAAGACUAUUGGAACUGGCACAUUUGGACGCGUGGUUUUAUGCAGACAUCAAGGAAUACCCUUGGCGCUUAAAGUCCUCUCUAUGGUUGACGUCAUUAGACUUAAACAGGUGGAACAUGUUAGAAAUGAAAUAUCUGUCCUCAAGGAGGUCAAACAUCCCUUCAUUGUUAAUAUGUUAUGGAGCGGCCGUGACGAAGCGCGAGUAUACAUGCUCCUGGAGUUCGUAGCAGGUGGUGAGCUCUUUUCUUACCUUCGUGCAGCGGGAAGAUUUUCUGGACCCACCAGUUGCUUUUACGCGGCAGAAAUAGUCUGCGCGUUGGAUUACCUCCACUUGAAGCACAUAGUCUACCGGGACUUGAAGCCCGAAAACCUUUUGUUGGACAGCCAGGGCCACCUAAAAAUCACAGACUUUGGGUUCUCAAAGAAACUCACUGACAGAACAUGGACCUUGUGUGGAACUCCAGAGUACCUAGCACCCGAAAUAAUUCAGAGCAAAGGCCACAAUAAAGCGGUGGACUGGUGGGCAUUGGGAGUCCUAAUCUACGAAAUGUUGGCGGGGUACCCUCCGUUCUUCGACGACAACCCCUUCGGAAUCUACGAGAAGAUCCUCAGCGGCAGAAUAGAGUGGCCCAAGCACGUAGACCCGAUCGCGAAGGACCUGAUCAAGAAGCUGCUGAUCGCCGACCGAACAAAGAGGCUGGGAAACAUGCGUCAGGGAGCCGAGGACGUUAAGAGGCACCGGUGGUUCAAGCUCAUCGACUGGCAGCUCGUACCCCAGAGAGCCCUCACACCGCCAAUAAGACCGAGAGUAAAGGCUCCAGAGGAUGCAAGCUGCUUCGACGACUACCCGGAAACCGACUGGAGGUCCCAGCCUCCUUUGCCGCCCGACCAGUUGGCUCUUUUUCAAGACUUUUGACCACUCGCUUAUGAUAUUAUUUUUCGUCGAUUAGAACACUCGAUUAACCAUCUGCUUGCUCUCUACGGUGCAAGUUAUCAUUUUCAUUAAUGUUACAAUUGCUUCGAGUGAUUUUUAUUACUUUCGUUUCUUUUUUUAAGUAUUUUUUUUGUAAAUAGAUCUGUUGCGUGGUGUUGAGAGAUUAUAACGAUUGUUAAGCAGCCCUGGUUCUCCAGGUAACCUUCAGCCUUUGUAAAUACAAACAAAUAAAUCAUGCCGUUAAUAUA